GUCACUCAGUCGCUGAACGAGGCCUGGGAGGCCCUGCGCUUUCCAGCGCUUCGGGAGGCCUAUGAUGUCAUCUGGCAUCGAGAGAAGACGCCUGCCCCAGCGCCGGCGCCGCCACAACCGCCACCUCCGCCGGAUCGGGAAGUGCGAGAGCCACAGCGCGGACGGUCGAGGAGGCGUCAUGACGAACAUGAUGCGCCAGCUGAGGCAUCGGAUACUGAGGCGAUGCAACGAAAGGCAGAUGAGUUGAAAGGCGAAGGCAAUCAGCUCUACCGAAACGCCCAAGCAGCAAUGGCAACCGUGCGCUCUUCCGAAGCAGCCGACAGCCUUGAGGUUCGAAUGACCGCGAUGCAACAGACCGGGACCCCGGGAAAGCCCAGUGGAAGCUGA